GGGCAAAUCAAAUACUCCGUAUUAAUCUUAAUCAACAACAAUCAAAAUUUAAAAGUACAAGCACGACACAAAAUAAACAAUCCCAUAAUUCUUACUUGUAAGAUUCCAAACAUAAUUUUGGUACAAAUUAAACGUGUAAAUGGACCCCUAUUCAAAAAAAUUCACCACAAAAAAAUUCACAAAAUUCCAAUCCCAAAAUAAUCAAGAAACAAAACCUCCACUAAAACUUUGCUUCAAAAAAAAAAAAAAAAAAAAAAAAAACCUCCACUAAAACUUCUUGCUUGCGGCAACGACACCUCCUCAACAUUCUUCACCCAAUCACAACUCUCUACAAUCUCGACUCUCAUCUAUCUCUUCCUACGUGGCAUCCUUUUGACCACCCUUUUUUUUUUUUUAUUUUCCUUUUAAAAUUAAAAUUAAACAAAUAUUGUCUUCUUCUUCGUUUUUCCGAACUUCUUUCUGCAAAACUCUGCUCUCAACCUUUACUUCUCUUUCUCUCUCAUCAAACUCCAUGAAAAUCGACAUUGAAGCUUCAUUCUAGAACCUUCACUUUCUCUCUCUACUGUAUAUUAAUGGCGCUUUCUCUCUCCUUGACUUCUCAUUCUGUAUUCGAGCUUAGUUCGUUUAAUCAGCGUACAUUUCGCAGAAUCAAACUUUAUUCUUCAUCUUCUAGAAUUUGCAGUUCUCGAAACCCUAGUUUUCAGCGAAUUCGUGCUGUGAGGGAGAAUACGGUUCCGUCAACGGAGGAGAGAGAAAUUCCGGUGAUUAAUGGAGUAGAUAGCUUGAAAUUGAACGGAAAUGGUAAUGGAAACGGAAAUGGUUCGAUUGAGAGUUAUUUGAGUGGUAAUGGCGGAGUGAAGGGGAGUGAGAAUGGUGCUGUUAAUGGAGGAUUAGUUAAGUUUGUUGAUGGUGAUAAUAUGGCGGCGGUGAAGAGUGUGGUGGAGGAAGAUUCUGGUGCUAAGGUGGAAGAAGUAGUGGCGGAGAAGACGAAGGCGAAAGCGAUACCGGAGAAGAAGACGAUGAAGGCGGAGAAGAAGACAAUAGAGGAUAUUGGACAAGAGGAAGCUUGGUUUAAGCAAGGGGGUCGAGAUCAAUUAGAGGUUUCUGUUGCACCUGGAGGCCGCUGGAGCAGAUUCAAAACAUAUUCAACGAUACAAAGGACAUUGGAAAUUUGGGGAUUUGUUCUGAAAUUUGUCUUUAGAGUUUGGUUGAGCAAUCAGAAGUUCUCUUAUAAAGGAGGGAUGACUGAAGAGAAGAAAAGGCUGAGGCGGAUGACUCUUGCAAAAUGGUUGAAGGAAAAUAUCUUGAGGCUUGGUCCAACAUUUAUCAAAAUUGGGCAGCAGUUCUCCACAAGAGUGGAUAUACUUGCUCAAGAAUACGUUGAUCAGCUUUCAGAACUUCAGGAUCAAGUUCCUCCUUUUCCAUCAGAGACAGCUGUAUCUAUUGUUGAAGAGGAGCUUGAAGGUCCCUUAAGUGAUACCUUUGAGCGCUUUGAUUUUGAGCCCAUAGCAGCUGCAAGUCUUGGUCAGGUCCAUCGAGCAAGACUUAAAGGACAGGACGUAGUUGUUAAAGUGCAGCGGCCUGGGCUCAAGGAUCUCUUUGAUAUUGAUCUCAAAAAUCUAAGGGUAAUUGCUGAAUAUCUUCAGAAGCUUGACCCAAAAUCGGAUGGUGCAAAGAGAGAUUGGGUGGCAAUUUAUGACGAGUGUGCUAGUGUAUUGUACCAGGAAAUUGACUACACCAAGGAAGCAGCUAAUGCAGAACUAUUUGCUAGCAAUUUCAAAAACAUGAGUUAUGUCAAGGUUCCUUCAAUUUACUGGGAAUACACUACCCCGCAGAUUUUAACCAUGGAGUAUGUCCCGGGGAUCAAGAUAAAUAGAAUUCAAGCUUUAGAUCAGUUGGGAGUUGAUCGCAAAAGGUUAGGUCGGUAUGCUGUGGAAUCUUAUCUGGAACAAAUACUUUCUCAUGGCUUUUUCCAUGCUGACCCACACCCUGGAAAUAUUGCUGUUGAUGAUGUGAAUGGUGGAAGGCUGAUAUUUUAUGACUUUGGAAUGAUGGGAAGUAUCAGUUCAAACAUUAGGGAGGGCUUGCUCGAGGCAUUUUAUGGAGUCUAUGAGAAGGACCCAGACAAGGUUCUACAAUCUAUGAUUCAAAUGGGUGUUCUAGUUCCUACUGGUGAUAUGACUGCUGUGAGACGAACAGCGAAAUUCUUCCUUGAUAGUUUCGAGGAACGUUUGGCGGCCCAAAGGAAAGAGAAGGAAAUGGCAGCAGCGGAACUUGGAUUUAAAAAGCCAUUAACUAAGGAGGAAAAACUUCAAAAGAAAAAGCAAAGGCUAGCUGCAAUUGGGGAAGAUUUAUUGUCAAUCUCUGCAGACCAACCUUUCAGAUUUCCUGCUACAUUCACGUUUGUUGUUCGAGCAUUCUCUGUUUUAGAUGGAAUUGGGAAAGGGCUUGACCCUCGAUUUGAUAUUACUGAGAUAGCCAAACCCUAUGCUCUAGAACUGCUCAAAUUCCGUGAAGCUGGUGUUGAAGUUCUUGUGAAGGAUUUCCGAAAGAGAUGGGACCGGCAGUCUCAAGCAUUCUACAACUUGUUUAGGCAGGCAGAUAGAGUUGAGAAGCUGGCUGAGAUUAUUGAACGACUGGAAAAGGGAGACUUGAAGCUUCGUGUUCGAGCUCUGGAGUCUGAGAGAUCUUUCCAGCGUGUAGCAGCUGUUCAGAAGACAAUAGGAAGUGCUGUGGUUGCUGGAACCUUGGUGAAUCUCGCCACAAUUUUGUAUCUCCACUCAAUUCGAGUGCCCGCCAUUGCUGCUUAUACUGUGUGUGCACUUUUCGGCUUUCAAGCUUUAUUUGGUGUACUUAAAGUCAAAAAAUUGGACCAAAGAGAGAGACUGAUUACUGGAACUGCUUGAACGAUGGGUUGUGGUUAUGCACAUAUACACCGACCCACAUCAAAACCAUAUUUAACCACAUUAUCGGAUUCAGCUUCCAAUUGGCCUUGAUGGCCAAAAUCAGCCUUCUGAAUAGCAAAGCUGUUGUCAAGGGUGCUGAUUCUACAAUAUAACACUUUUUAAAGGAGUUACUGUGUGCUUUCUCGAAUGGUUCAUAUAAAACAGAUCAGACAUGCUUACUGUCCAACUACAGCAUUGCGCCAUUUUGACAGGUAUAUAGCAAGCAGGUCAUCAUAUCCAUUGUCAGAUUGGUCUCUGAAGGAACCUCCAAGUCCAGCUUUGAAGGAUGGUUCUGGUAAAUUUUAAUCUAAAUUUUGAAGCAUUUGUAAAAGUGAAAAAUAAAGGGUUGUAGUUUUAUAUACAUCACGCUUGCAUUCCCACAUGCUCUACCAGGUUAGUUAGACCAGAAAAUUUUUGCCCCCUUUAGUGGUCAAAGUAUAUAUUGUAUAAAUUCAUAUUGUGAAAUUAUGUACGAGUACUAGCUAAUGUACACUAACUGUAAAGUAGAGAGGGUACUUCAUUCUUGAGUUCGCGGCAAAUGAUAUACUGUAAUAUACCAAUGUUGUUUGAGUUUGGCUUGCAGAACUCCUGCUGUUGUUCAUAUAGCCUCUGUACGCUGUUAGGUGGAAUAUCUUGUAAUUAAAUAUGAAUAUAAUUGAGGUUGGAUUAGCUAUAUGAAUUCAUGGUAAGUAAAACUGCUGUCUUUUAUCCAUCA